UGUUAAGUAACUGUUGAGGGAUGACGUAACUUCCGGGUAACCUAUGGCAAUGUUUAGGUGUUAUGAGAGCAUUUUUGACGCGAAACUCUUUAUACUUGUCUGAUUUCAUCUAUUGUAGCAUGCCCGGUGAAGUCAAGCCUCGGAUGGUGGUUCUCUAUGGCUCUCAGAAAGGUCAAGCUCAGUCGUUAGCGGAAGGGAUCGCUGAAGAGGCAGGGGUGCAUGGACUCCUCGCUGAGCUCAGUUGCUUGAAUGAAAAGGAAAAGUACAAUCUGGAGAAGGAAAAGUCCCCUGUGGUCUUCAUUGUGUCCACCACUGGAGACGGGGAGCCACCUGACAACACUCUGCAAUUUGUCAAGCAUAUCAAGAAGAAGACCCACUCCUGUGAUUACUUAAAACACCUCAACUAUGCACUUUUAGCUUUAGGAGACACAAAUUAUGCAAACUUUUGCAACUGUGGGAAGACUAUUGAGAGGCGUCUACAGGAACUUGGGGCACAACAAUUCUAUGCAACGGGAUAUGCAGAUGACGGUGUAGGGCUGGAGUUGGUCGUGGAUCCUUGGCUUGAAGGACUGUGGAAAGCCGUCAAAGCAGCCAUAACCAAUAUGGCGUCUGAUUGGAGCGUUAAAGAGGAUUCAGUCCAUAAAACCCUGGAUUCUUCUGUACCAGAUGUCCAACUAAACCUCCUAAGUCUCACUAACCACCAGACUCCUGAAGUUUCCCCUGAACCGGAUCCCAAAUGUGCCCCUGCGGAAUGUAAUGUUGUUCCAGUGUCUCCCUCAGAAAGUUCUAAGGUGGCGCCCAAAGGUGUCAGUUUAAUAACAACAACAGGACCAGAGACACAAAACAAGCAUCCUGGAUUUUCUCCUGCACCUUCACUGACACACUCUGGGACCCCUCUUUCUGAUUUAUCUCUAAAUGUUCCUGCUUUGCCCCCGUCUUUCUUGGACGUGUCUCUACAGGAAGUCAUUCCUGCCGAAGGAGAGAUUUCUGCACCAUUAAAUCAAGACAUUCUGUAUGAAGUACCUAUAUCCAUGGCAGUUCAUUUGACAACAGGAGAGUCCGUCAAGACCGCCAUCCUUAUGCAACUGGACAUCUCUGCUUACCCGACACUGAACUAUCAGCCAGGGGAUUCGUUUGAUGUUUUCUGCCCAAAUAGAGCCUCUGAGGUUGAGCGACUGCUCUGCAGAUUAAGCCUCGAGGAUCAGAAGAAUCAUAAAGUACAUGUUUCUAUACUUGAAAAAACCAAGAAAAAAGGUGCUCAGUUGCCGUCCUACAUCCCUCAGAACAUUUCACUGCUCUACAUGCUCACAUGGUGUUUGGAGAUUAGAAGUGUUCCCAAGAAGGCCUUCUUACGAGCCCUGGCUGAACAUACAGUGGACAGCGUGCAAAAAAGGAGACUGCAGGAGCUCUGUAGCAAACAAGGUGCUGCAGAUUACAACCAGUAUGUGAGAGAGUCUAACCUCUGCCUUUUGGAGCUUCUUGAUGCCUUUCCGUCAUGCUCGCCACCUCUCGGACUCCUAAUAGAGCAUCUCCCCAAGCUGCAGCCGAGGCCGUAUUCAGCUGCCAGCUCCUGCCUUCAGCAGCCAGGAAAGCUGAAUUUCGUGUUUAGUGUAGUGGAAUUCCCAGUGUGCUCUUGGCGGCCUGUGGGGAGGCGAGGCUUGUGUAGCGGUUGGCUUUCUGACCUCGUCAACCCUGUCCAGGUUCUCCCUGACAACCUGGAACUACUGUGCGGCACGGCUCCGCCAAAGAUCUAUGUGAGUUUGAGACCCAACUGCUCCUUUCGACUUCCACCUGACCCAUCAGUUCCUCUCAUAAUGGUCGGGCCUGGCACCGGAGUCGCGCCCUUCAUCGGUUUCCUGCAGCAAAGAGAAAAGGAAAGGCAGCAGAAGGCAGACGCAGCGUUUGGCGAGACCUGGUUGUUUUUUGGAUGCCGCUACAAAGACCAAGACUACCUGUUCAGAGAAGAACUGGAGGGCUUUGUGUCCAGUGGUGCCUUGAACCACUUGAAGUUAAGUUUCUCCAGAGAUGAGACAAAGGAGGAAGAGGCCCGAAUCUCAGGAGGACCACCAAGAUAUGUCCAACACAACCUGCUGCUCCAUAGCCAUGACAUCAUCAACAUCCUGCUUAAGGGCAACGGUUGCCUCUAUGUUUGUGGGGACGCAAAGAACAUGGCUAAAGACGUGAACGACACCUUGAUGGAGAUGAUCAAGACGGAGCUCCAGGUGGACCAACUGGACGCCAUGAAGCGAUUGGCCACGCUGCGAGAGGAGAAACGCUACUUGCAGGACAUCUGGGGAUGAUUGAUUUUUUUUUUUACAUUUUCAACUUGUGCUGUUCUGAGCUAUGGGUGUCUGCAGGGUACGUUUACUACCCGUUGCUUCAGCGAUAGACUGCCCCGCGCUGACCUGAGGAUAUAGCCUCUUUACAUCAUUUCACACUUUGCUGUUUUUAGCAGCAAGGACCUUGGCGAGAGGGCAAUGGUGCCGCUUAUUGGUGCUCGUGGGGGGAAAAUGCUUUUAGUGUUGACAAGAACCUCAACGUUUGUCCUGCCAGCCCAAGCAUUUAAGUCAGUAUUGAUGGAGGGAUUUCAAUGAGACUCUACCUUUCUGGAUACACAACACAGUCAUUUGCAGGUACACACACACACACACGCACGCACGCACAAAUGAAAGUUUGUGCAUUCUCACAGACAAAAGUAAAUAGAUUGCUUUUGAAUCUGUAAAAGCCACCGCCACCUUUGCAAAGAACUUCUGAAGGCCACAAAUAACAUUUUCUUUCAUUCUAAUUCAAGUACAAUGAAUAGUGAUAGUAGAGUUUUUUUGUUUUUUUUUCCUUAAAUCAGGGACAAGUGAUAGAAAAUGAAUGAAUGGAUGGAUGGAUGGAUGGGUUCUGGAAUAAUGCAAUUAAGCUUUUCUUGACGAGAGAACAUCCUCUUUAUUAAUUAUGAUACUGUGUGAAGUUCAAACCAAGCAUACCAUACUUUCUGGACUAUCGAGCGCUCCAGUAUUUAAGCCGCACCCUCCAAAUUGUAGAAUAAAUACAUAUUUUUACAUAUAUUAGCCACACUAGACUAUAAGUCGAUGAUCCAUACAAACCCUGUUUCCAUAUGAGUUGGGAAAUUGUGUUAGAUGUAAAUAUAAACGGAAUACUAUGAUUUGCAAAUCAUUUUCAACCCAUAUUCAGUUGAAUAUGCUACAAAGACAACAUAUUUGAUGAUCAAAUUGAUAAACAUUUUUUUUUUUGCAAAUCAUUAACUUUAGAAUUUGAUGCCAGCAACACGUGACAAAGAAGUUGGGAAAGAUGGCAAUAAAUACUGAUAAAGUUGACGAAUGCUCAUCAAACACUUAUUUGGAACAUCCCACAGGUGUGCAAGCUAAUUGGGAACAGGUGGGUGCCAUGAUUGGGUAUAAAAGCAGCUUCCAUGAAAUGCUAAGUAAUUCAUAAACAAGGAUGGGGCGAGGGUCACCACUUUGUAAGCAAAUUGUCGAACACUUUUAAAACAACAUUUCUCAACGAGCUAUUGCAAGGAAUUUAGGGAUUUUACCAUCUACGGUCCAUAAAGUCAUCAAAAGGUUCAGAGAAUCUGGCGAAAUCACUGCACGUAAGCGAUAUUACGGACCUUUGAUCCUUCAGGCGGUACUGCAUCAAAAACCGACAUCAGUGUGUAAAGGAUAUCACUACAUGGGCUCAGGAACACUUCAUAAAACCACUGUCAGUAACUACAGUUGGUUGCUACAUCUCUAAGUGCAAGUUAAAACUGCUAUGCAAAGCAAAACCCAUUUAUCAACAACACCAAGGAAUGCCGCUGGCUUCGCUGGGCCCAAGCUCAUCUAAGAUGGACUAAUGCAAAGUGGAAAGGUGGUCUGACGAGUCCACAUUUCAAAUUAUAUUUGGAAACUGUGGACGUGGUGUCCUCCACAACAAAUAGGAAAAUAACCAUCCGGAUUGUUAUAGGUGCAAAGUUAAAAAGCCAGUAUCUGUGAUGGUAUGGAGGUGUAUUAGUGCCCAAGGCAUGGGUAACUUACACAUUUGUGAAGGCACCAUUAAUGCUGAAAGGUACAUACAGGUUUUGUAGCAACAUAUGUUGUCAUCCAAGCAACGUUAUCAUGCUUAUUUCAGCAAGACAAUGCCAAGCCACGUGUUACAACAGCGUGGUUUCGUAGUAAAAGAGUGCGGGUACUUUCCUGGCCCGCCUGCAGUCCAGACCUGUCUCCCAUGGAAAAUGUGUGGCGCAUUAUGAAGCGUAAAAUACGACAGCGGAGACCCCGGACUGUUGAAUGACUGAAGCUCUACAUAAAACAAGAAUGAGAAAGAAUUCCACUUUCAAAGCUUCAAUAAUUAGUUUCCUCAAUUCCUAAACGUUUUUUGAGUGUUGUUAAAAGAAAAGGUGAUGUAACACAGUGGUGAACAUGCCCUUUCCCAACUACUUUGGCACGUGUUGCAGCCAUGAAUUUCUAAGUUAAUUAUUAUUUGCAAAAAAAAAAAAAAAGUUUAUGAGUUUGAACAUCAAAUAUCUUGUCUUUGUUGUGAAUUCAAUAGAAUAUGGGUUGAAAAGGAUUUGCAAAUCAUUGUAUUCCGUUUAUAUUUACAUCUACCACAAUUUCCCAUCUCAUACGGAAACAGGGUUUGUACGUUGUGAAAUUACAUAUUUUGUUAAUUGUUUCCAAGCGGUGCCUGUUACAGCAGUAAAACGGCUGAUCAAACAAAACAGAAGUCAUCGUCAUGGACCCACUCGCUGCUGAAGCUCGCCCUCCAAUCAAUUAAACAGAAUCCACAGUGACGUUUUUGUGAAUUUACGAAACUGAAACAAUACCAAAAGAAUGCUAUUGUAUGUACAUAUUUCUAACAUACACUUGUGAAGCACUUGCACUUGAUGCCAUAUUUGCUAAUGCUAUCUACGCUAGCUUAGUUACAUUACGAUACCACAUACAAUUAUCAUGAAAAUACUCUUAACAGACAACACACGGGACAGUUCCGUAAGUAUAAUUGUUUAGUUAUAUUGUAAAACUUAGAAACGUUGCUUGGAUUGAUGAAUGAAAAAUCAUUUCGAGGAAAAACGCUAUGGAUGGUCAUGUUUACCUGUAUGUCAUCUUUUUUGUAAGGGGCGCUGGAAGCCGGCAGACCCGUCAGCGAUCCUGUUCUGUCUCCCUGUAAUGUUUGUCUGAUCUUGAAUGGGAUUGUGCUGAAAAUUGUAAUUUUCCUGACGGAAUAAAUAAAGUACUAUCUAAUCUAAUCCAAUCUAAUCUAUUUCUGGUUCAAGGCACCUGCAGUCAGCGAACUGGUACAAUCAAAAUCAGCUUUUCAGUGUCUCUAGCAGUGUAAUAUCAAUCAAUCAAUCAAUGUUUACUUAUAUAGCCCUAAAUCACUAGUGUCUCAAAGGGCUGCACAAACCACAACACGAACCACUACGACAUCCUUGGUAGGCCCACAUACGGAAUAUGAAAACUAUUUGUUGAAUACAUAAAAUGGCCGUUAGCUGCACCAUUUUAUAAGCCGCAGGGUUCAAAGUGAAGUGGCUUAGAGUCCGGAAAAUACGGUACAUGGCAUGUUGAAUCACAAAAUCCAAGUCAUUUGUUUUGGCCUUCCCGCGUGCACAAAGGCCUACGACCUUGACAAUCCCACACACGGUGCCUUCAUAGCUUUAGUUUUUCUACAAUUCAGAUUUCAUCAGAUUUUGGGGGGAGAUGGCUUCCCAACUAAUCCUGAGGUGGUAACUUGACAGUACAAGGAGUGUUUGCGGUUCAUUGAAAACUUUGUGUGGCCUCACAGGGAGAGAGAGGCUUCCUCCGAAUUAAAUCUUCCCACAGCGCUUGUUUCAUUUCUGCUUUUUGAAGGGAGGGGAAAAACAUGUUUGCAAUCUGCGCUCCCUGCACUGUUGACACAAUAUUUAAUUUGUUUUUGAGUGCAGAGUAAACAAAACUGUCACUGUCGCGGAAAACCACCCCUGACUGUGACUAAUUGGGUUAAUACUUGAUUGUCAAACAUGGCGCUCACCUUGUCUCGCACAUAUCUGCCCCUCAUAUGGAAGAAACUUUCACCUGUCCUCAAGGUCAAACUCACAGUGGAACUUCCAGAUGUUGCACAAUUUGAGGUACAACCAAAAUAUGCCCUUAAAAUUAAAUAAAUCAUUGCGCACGU